AUGAUGUCCUCUAAUAUCUUGUCUCGCUUUCUUCCUCCCACGGACUCCCCCUCGGUGUACGAGGCAAUCCGCGAGAACGACGCCGGAUCCGAAUCCUCUGAUCUCGAGGAGCGCGCGGGGUUGGCCCACGAGGCGGACUAUAAUGAGCACUUCAGUGACGGAGAGUUGCAGGAUGCUCUGGCGGAUGCAGCUCGAAGUGAAGCCUCCAGCCCGAGUGCUGGCUUGUUGGGUCCCAGGUCCUCCGGGAAGGCAGCAGCUCGUCAUGGUUCACCAUCUCAUACUCGCCGGCGCAAACCUUCGAGGCCGCGGUGGAUGACCCAGCCAUCUCCACCAGGGUAUGAGCUUGACGAUCGAGACGAAGAUGUACCGCAAUCGCUGCUAGUCGAGGGGCAUGAUGACGAGGAGUUGAAGUCGCGUCUCCCUCCCCCCACCUCAUAG